AUGAGGUCAAGGUCGUGUCGAGGUCGUGAUCCAGUUUCGGUAGAAUAUGAUAUUCCCAGUGCCAGUCAAAGUGGGGGCCGAAGCCAAAGACGAGUUGAAGGUUAUGAUAUGCCUGACAUUGGUGUGGAGGAUACCUCUUUACCUGAUUCUCCUCCUGUCCAGGAAGAGUACCUUACUCAUGCUUUUCCAGGUGGACCGACUGAUCCGUCAAUACUGCGGAGUUUCAAUAGUCAUGUGGCUGCAGCUAUUUGGCACGGGGAGGAACAAGGGCCCCUAAAGUGUCAUAAUCACUUUUCCAAGAUCCUUGCAUGGCCAUGGUGGUUAGUAGAGAACAACACUAGAUUCAAAGCCAUUAUUGAGCAGUCUAGACUGUCACUGUUAGCUCGUUGCACUUAUCGGUUCGUCAACAAGCUUCUAGUCUCAUGUUUUGUUGAGAGAUGGCAACCUGAGACGAACACAUUUCACAUGACAGUUAGUGAGAUGACCUUGACCCUGGAUGAUCUUGGCACUAUUCUUGGCCUUCUCAUUGUAGGCAAAUCAGUCAGCAUACCAGAUGUGACAGAUCAUCAUAGAGUUACAUUACUCGUUUAUGGCUUGGGGAUUACUGAACGUGCAGCACAUGAAGAGGUUUCUUCUGCUGGUGGCAAUUCAGUCAGGCUUGAAUGGUUGCGAAGUCAGUUUGCUGGUGUCACAGAUUCAGACCCCGAGGAGGCUAUACAGUGCGCUGCAAGAGCUUAUUUAUUGUUUCUGUUGGAAUGUACACUCUUCAGUGACAAGAGUGGCGUUGGGGUUUGCUAG